AUGUCCCCUUCGACCGCCGAUGCGGGCGCUGCGGCCCUGCCGGCGGCGGGCCUGCUGCGGGGGCUGGCCCUGGACGUGGCCGGGCGGUGGCUGAGGGAGGAGCUCUGCGGCUACCUGGCAGAUACCUACGGCGCCUCCGCGGCCGAAGAGGUGCUGCGCGCCGCGCUCGCCGACCUAUCUGCGUCGCCCAACGCCGCUGCUGCUGCCGCCGCUGCAGCCGCGGCUGCGCCCGCCGCGCCCCAUGCGCCCCCCGCCGCGCCGGUGCCCAUACCCGCCGGCUCCAAGAGCGUGCGCUGGCGGGAGCCCGGGGACACAGAGCCGACGGCGGCCGCGGCCGGCGACGACGAGGCCGGGGCGCCGCAACCCUACGACGCGUCUCCGGCGGAGUACGCCGCGCUCGACGCGCUGCGCCGCAGCGAGUCGGGCCCAGCCGCGGACGGCGGCGGCGGCGACGGCGACGCGUCGUCGGACGGCGGCGGCAGCGGCACGGGCACGAGCGGCAGUGCGGGGCACGGGAGCGCAGGGCUCUGGCGGCGCGCGGCGCUAAAGAAUCAGGCGUGGCCGCGCUGA